AGCUAAUAAGUUUAUUUAUAAAUUAUUAAGUCGUAAUAUUAAAUACAAACAAACGCGUUGUGUCUAUCGCAAAAGACAGGGAGAUCCAACUAGAGAGAGAGAGAGAGAAACAGAAAGAGAGAGAGAGAGAGCAGUAGAUUGCUUAAAAAUGAACAAGCAACGACUGCUACUUAGCUUAAUAUUAUGGUGCCUUUGCGCUCCCAGCUUCUCGCUACGCAUACCGGAGGAUCUCGAGAAUAGCGCCAUCAAUGCGCUGCGCUCGGAACGUGCACGAUCUGUACAGCCCUGCGGCCAGGUUGGUGAAGCCAGCGCCGCCGAUGAUUAUGAUGUUUGCCCGCCGAGCAAGUACCGCCAGCCCACCGCCGAGUGUAACAAUGUGUCGCAUCGCAAGUGGGGCGCACGUGGCGAUGUCUUCCAGCGUCUACUUCAAACGGACUAUGCCGAUGGCGUUAGCCAGCCACGCAGCUCGCGUGGCACACACGCCCUGCCCGACGCCGAGCUGGUGAUCGAGCAGUUGCAGCGUCAUGUGGAGAGCGAGCUGCGCCACGAUCACAUUACUGCCAUGCUACCAGCCUGGGGCCAGCUGCUGGCCAACGAUCUGUACGAGGUGGGCCAGCUGCCCAUCAGCGGCAAGUGCUGUCAGCGUGAGGCCGGCGGCAUCAAGGAUCCCAGCGAGCUGCAGCAGUGCUUUGUGCGCGCCGGUGCCGACUGCAAGGAGUACAAACGCUCUGCUCCCGGUUUUGAUGCGGAGGUGUGCCAGAAACAUGUGCGCGAGCAGAUGAACAUUGCAUCUGCUUAUAUUGAUGGUUCCGGCUUGUAUGGCUCAACCCGCCAUGAAUUCGACCAGCUGCGUACAUAUAUCAGCGGCGGUGUCAAGGUUGAGUCCUGUCGCUAUUGUCAAGUGUCUGGUGCGACGGGUGCAUUGCAUCGUGCCCUGCUGCAGCAGCACAACAACAUUGGUGAGCAGUUGGCGCACAUCAAUCCGGACUGGUCCGAGGAGGAUGUCUUCCUGGAGUCUAGGCGCAUUAUAACCGCGACCAUACAGCAUAUUACCUACAACGAAUUCUUGCCAUUGGUAUUGGGUCAAGAGACAACGGCAAAGGAAUCGCUAAGACUGACCGCCGAGAAGCAUUCCUCCAACUACUCCAGCUCCAUACGCGCUGGCAUUUACAAUGAGUUUGCGACCAGCGCCAUGCCCGCCUUCUGGAGCAUGUAUCCACCUGAGAUGCUUUCCCAAAAGAGUUCCGCCCAUGAGCUGCUCUCGAUUGCAGCGCUGCAAAAGUCUCUGGUGCCCAGUCAGACAAACGAUGAGGGCUGGUCCGAGCUGGCGCUGGCCGUGCAUCGUGGACGCGAUCACGGCAUUGCCUCCUACGUGCAUGCCCUGGACAUUUGCGCACGUCGUUUCGACCAGAACGGCGCUGCAGCCAAUGUGACCUUCGAUAAUCUGGCACAGCUCACCAACAUUCCCGACGAGCAUGUGACCAGUUUGCGUGACAUCUAUCAAAACGCUGAGGAUAUUGAUUUGCUGGUGGGCGCCAUGCUGGAGGAUCCCGCGGUGGGCGCUCUUUUUGGACCCACCAUCACCUGUCUGCUAACCACACAGUUUGAGUUGCUGAAGCAAACCGAUCGCUUCUGGUAUGAGAACGAGAUACCGCCCUCAUCCUUCAGUCUGGAACAGCUGAAGAGCAUACGCCAAACAACGCUGUCGGGUCUGCUUUGCGGCUCGCAUCAGGUCAACACAGCCCAGUCCAAGGCUUUCAUACGCGAAGAUAACUAUCUAAACUCCGUUUUGGACUGCACACAGCUGCCCAAGUUUGAUUUGCGACCCUGGAAAGUGAAUGCCGAGGAGGAGAUACACUUGGAGCACGUCGAAGUGGAGCCCGACACCAAGGAGGCCAUUAAAGAGCUUAGCCCCGAGCUGAUCGAGGCGGCUGUAGAGCGUGCCAAGCAGGAACUGGAAGAGCGCAAGCGUUUCGAAUACGAAGUGUGGCGUGCACAGGGCGGCAUUAGCGCACGCUCGCCCGAUGGCACCGCUGCUUCCUUCAGCAAGGCCAACUUGGCUGCGCUGAGCCUGGCCAAUUCGUCGCUUAUUUUUGAGCUAGCUUCCAAUGAGAUUGUCAAGUCGCUCAAUAGCAUUACGCGUCGCAAGCGUCAGAUCUUCAAUCCCAAUCAGAAUGCCUUCAAUCGCAACGAGCUGACUGAUACGCUGCAAACCGUGGACAUUAGCGCUUUGAUUGGUGGCAAUCAGCAGCCGCUGGAGCAAUGCCCGGAGCCAACACAGCAAUGUGAUGCCAAUUCGCCAUUCCGCACGCUCUCCGGACGUUGCAAUAAUCUGCGCAAUCCGAACUGGGGCAAAUCGUUGACCACCUUCUCGCGUCUAUUGCCCGCCCAGUAUGAGGACGGUAUCUCGGCACCGAGGGUAACUGGCGUCACUGGAACACCGCUGCCCAAUCCGCGCACCAUUUCGACUACAAUUCAUCCGGAUAUAUCCAAUUUGCACACACGCUACUCGCUGAUGGUGAUGCAGUUUGCACAGUUUGUGGAUCACGAUUUGACAUUGACGCCCAUUCACAAGGGUUUCCAUGAGUCCAUACCCAGCUGUCGGCCCUGCAACUCACGCCAGACCGUGCAUCCCGAGUGCAACCCGUUCCCGGUGCCCGCGGGCGAUUUCUUCUAUCCCGAGGUGAAUGUCACGAGCGGCGAUCGUUUGUGCUUCCCCUCGAUGAGAUCGCUGCCAGGCCAGCAGUCGCUUGGCCCGCGUGACCAGAUCAAUCAGAACACUCACUUCCUGGAUGCCUCGAUGGUGUACGGCGAGAACGUCUGCCUGUCGAAUAAGCUCCGUGGCUUCUCGGGCCGUAUGAACAGCACUGUGCAUCCUGUGCGCGGCAAGGAGCUGCUGCCGUUGAGUGCUACCCAUCCCGAGUGCAAAUCUCGCAACGGACUCUGCUUUAUUGCUGGCGAUGAUCGCGCCUCCGAGCAGCCAGGCUUGACUGCUAUUCACACGGCCUUCCUGCGCGAACACAAUCGUUUGGUUGAGGGUCUGCGCGGUGUCAAUCCCCACUGGAAUGGCGAGCAGCUGUAUCAUCAUGCCCGUCGCAUUGUCAGCGCCCAGGUGCAGCAUACCGUCUUCAAUGAGUUCCUGCCCCGCAUUCUCAGCUGGAACGCUGUCAAUUUGUAUGGCCUGAAGUUGCUGCCACAGGGCUACUACAAGGACUACAAUCCGUCCUGCAGUCCAAUUGUGUUCAAUGAAUUCGCUGCCGCUGCCUUCCGCAUUGGUCACUCGCUGCUGCGUCCACAUAUUCCACGGCUGAGCAUUCAGCAUCAGCCCGUGGAUCCUCCACUGCUGCUGCGCGAUGGCUUCUUCCGCAUGGAUGUGCUGCUCCAGCCUGGUAUUAUUGAUGAGAUACUUCGUGGUCUGGUGGCUACGCCCAUGGAAACUCUAGAUCAGUUCAUCACGGGCGAGGUGACGAAUCAUUUGUUUGAGGAUCGUAAGAUACCCUUCUCCGGCAUUGAUCUGAUUGCUCUUAACAUCCAGCGUGCUCGUGAUCAUGGCAUUCCUUCGUACAACAACUACCGCGCUCUGUGCAACCUAAAGCGUGCCAGCACCUGGAGCGAUCUGAGCCGCGAAAUACCCACCGAAGUAAUUAAUCGCUUCCAAAAGGUCUAUGCCAGCGUUGACGACAUUGAUCUAUUCCCCGGCGCCAUGACGGAGCGUCCGCUACAGGGUGGCCUCGUCGGACCAACGCUGGCCUGCAUCAUUGGCAUUCAGUUCAGGCAGCUGCGUAAAUGCGAUCGCUUCUGGUAUGAAAAUCAGAAUCCCGAGGUUAAAUUCACCGAGGCUCAGCUGGCUGAGUUGCGCAAGGUAACACUCGCCAAGAUUGUCUGUGAGAAUCUGGAGAUUCAGGGUGAUAUGCAGCGUGCUGCCUUCGAUUUGCCCAGCAACUUCCUUAAUCCUCGUGUGCCCUGCCAGUCCAUGCCACAAAUCGAUUUGAAUGCCUGGCGCGAGAAUGUUCAGGGCUGCCAAAUUGGCAAUCGCAAUGUGCGCGUUGGCGAAUCUGCCUUCCCGUCGCCCUGCACCAGUUGCGUGUGCUCCGCCGAAGGCCCCCAGUGCGCUUCAUUGCGCAUCACCGACUGCGGCCAGCUGAUUCGCCAGUGGCCCAAGGAGGCCAUUUUGCGGGAUGAGGUGUGCAACUCGCAGUGCGGCAUCUAUUUGACCGGCCAGCAGGCAGCAGGUUUCAGUCCACAGCAGCGUCAGGGUCAUGCUCCCUCGCGUGUCACUCGCUCGCGCAAUCAGAACCUAUUCAAGUUUCCUGACUUGACGCCGUUCAUCGCAUCCCUGUAGAAAGGGCAACCCGAGAAAGCAGGCUUUCGUACAUGUUUUGUAAAUAACUAUUGCGUUCUUUACAUUAGUAACUUUUUUUGUUCGCUUAUCUGAAGACUUUUCCAAUGCAUCUACCCCUAAACUAUACUUACUCUAACUGUUCUAUGCGGCAUUAACUCGUAGUGCCCAUCAAACUAGGAAGAAACCAACAAAUUGCAUUACUCGCGUAUCUUCGCGGAUGAAAAUUCUUGUUUCGGCACCACCAAAAUAAGUGAUUCUAUUGUUAGUUAAGCGACAACUAAUUAAUUAGCAUUUUUAUAUAUGUAUGUAAUGUAUUUUUUACCUAAAACCCUAUGAAUGUCAAUUAUAUGUACCUAAUAAACAAACAAUUAAAACAAUAUA